CCGGGCCGUCUCCCACGGGGAGAGCCGGGGCUGUUACCCUGGGGGAGGCAGCUGUUACUCUGCAGUCGAGUUCAUUUGUAGUGGGAACAAACGCGUGAGGAAGAUCGUGAGGGUCACAGUAGGACGCUGUUUCACACGCAGUUGUUUACGUUAGUCUGACACUGUAAAGCUGUGACAUUUUGUGUACACUAAUAUAAGAUGGAGUUGUAGCCGGUACACAGUAUGAUGCUGUUCCAAUCCAGUCAAGUGUGGUGUUAUGCUCCUGCUCAUCCCCGUCAAUGGUGAGGAACGAAGCAGAUUCCAGCACUCCAUCUGUCAUUUCUCCCUGUGGCAGCAGACAGGGAUCUAACAUGGAAAGCACGGCACCUGAAUCAAGAUCUAAUUCCAGCUCCUUGCAGCAACAUACAGGACAGCAGCCUCCACAGCCUCGAAAGAAACGACCCGAUGACUUCAAAUUUGGGAAAAUUCUGGGUGAAGGAUCUUUCUCAACGGUUGUCUUGGCUCGAGAAUUGGCAAGUUCUAGAGAGUAUGCCAUUAAAAUUCUAGAAAAACGUCAUAUCAUAAAAGAGAACAAGGUGCCAUAUGUGACACGAGAGAGAGAUGUAAUGUCCCGUCUGGAUCACCCUUUUUUUGUGAAACUCUACUUCACCUUUCAGGAUGAUGAAAAGCUAUAUUUUGGGCUUAGCUAUGCCAAAAACGGAGAGCUGCUAAAGUAUAUACGCAAAAUUGGUUCAUUUGAUGAGACCUGUACCAGGUUUUAUACUGCUGAAAUUGUAUCAGCCCUGGAGUAUUUGCAUGGGAAAGGAAUAAUUCACAGGGACCUUAAGCCAGAGAACAUCUUAUUAAAUGAAGAUAUGCACAUUCAAAUAACAGACUUUGGAACAGCAAAAGUAUUAUCUGCAGAUAGCAGACAAGCACGGGCAAAUUCAUUUGUUGGGACAGCACAGUAUGUUUCUCCAGAACUGCUGACAGAGAAAUCUGCCUGUAAAAGCUCUGACCUCUGGGCUCUGGGAUGUAUAAUAUAUCAACUUGUAGCUGGAUUGCCUCCAUUUAGAGCCGGAAAUGAAUAUCUUAUAUUCCAGAAGAUAAUAAAGUUGGAAUAUGACUUUCCAGAAAAAUUUUUUCCCAAGGCGAAAGACCUUGUUGAAAAGUUAUUGGUUCUAGAUGCUACCAACAGAUUAGGUUGUGAAGAAAUGGGAGGAUAUGGACCUCUUAAGGCUCAUCCCUUCUUCGAAUCCAUUGUGUGGGAGAACCUACAUCUUCAGACACCUCCUAAACUUACAGCGUAUUUACCUGCUAUGUCAGAGGAUGAUGAAGACUGUUAUGGAAAUUAUGACAAUCUCCUGAGUCAGUUUGGUUGCAUGCAAGUUUCUAGUUCUGCCUCUUCCCAUUCACUGUCUGUCCCAGAGACAAGUACACCACAGACAUCAGGAGGAAAUAUUGAACAGUAUAUUCAUGAUCUUGACAACAAUUCCUUUGAGCUGGACUUACAGUUUUCUGAAGAUGAGAAGAGGUUACUUCUGGCAAAACAAGCUGGUGGAAAUCCUUGGCAUCAGUUUGUAGAAAAUAACUUAAUCCUGAAAAUGGGUCCAGUGGACAAAAGAAAGGGAUUGUUUGCACGUCGGCGCCAAUUGCUGCUCACAGAAGGACCCCACUUGUAUUAUGUGGAUCCUGUCAACAAAGUUCUAAAAGGAGAAAUUCCAUGGUCAUUAGAGUUGCGGCCAGAAGCCAAGAAUUUUAAGACAUUUUUUGUUCAUACGCCAAACAGGACAUAUUACCUGAUGGACCCAAGUGGGAAUGCUCAUAAAUGGUGCAAAAAGAUACAUGAAGUUUGGCGGAACAGAUACCACCAGAAUGCUGCAAAAUAGUAAAGCUCAUCCAAAAUUUCCCAGUUUCCCUACUUGCUGCUAGAACUCCGUGUGCAGCCGAUCAGAGGAAUCUUUUCAACCCACCUAUUACCAUCUCAAGGGGAAGCAUAUGUUCGAAAUGUUCUUUUUUUUUUUUUUUUUAAGAAAGAAAAAAAAGGAAGAAAAGCAAAAACCUAAUGGAAUUCAGGGUUGCUUUGCUCGCUCUUUGUGCUUAUUUUGAGGCUUCCACAUGCAUAUCAUUGCAGUGAAGAUCUUGCUUUUGUGCACUUCAGCUCAGUUUCUGCUGCAGACUAGUGGAUAGACCUUGCAUUACCAGCUUCACUUAAGAUAAGUUAAAACCAAUCCACACGCACACAUGCCGAAUCAUGUACCAGCCUUGCAUUUCAUGGGGCUGGAGUUUUCUGUGACUCUCAGAUUAUCAUUAAACUGUAUUUCAUCAGGGAGCUUUUAUAUGCCUCUCCUAAGCACCACCUCUUUGUUUUCUCUUCCUUUCCUCACAGUCCCCCAGCUUAUUGGUAUAUGGCAUUUGUAGCCAGGUCAGUUGCACCCUUGUGUAAUUCCUAAUAUAGUUCUGGUUGCAGGAUUUACGUGGUACUUUAGUAAUUAUGUGAAUGAAUCAGAUGUAUGUGUCUGGCAGACAGGCUCCAAUGAUAAAGGUUUUGAGAGUAAAAUGCUGAACGUGGCACUGAAAGUUUCCUAAAAUUGAAAUGCUGGCUUCUGAAGCAUAUAAGAUUUUAAACAUUCAGUUUAAAUUUUAAUAUGAAUCAUGUGUGUUUAAUCAAGGGACGAUAAACUUACCAGCAUGCUUUUAACUAAUGCUAACUAAAAAAGAAGCUAGUUAGUAUGGGGGGAAAAGGUUACUGUUGGAGUAGUAAAUAGUUUUUCACCUUUUCAGCAGAUGAGAGUUAGAAGCUUUCUUUCCAGGGUGUGCAUGUUUUGUGCGUUUUAGUGGGGCCAACCUAUUUACUUGGGUAGAGAAGGAAGUGUGAAAGCUUUGUACAAUUGAUUACUUGACUUUUUUUGUCUCAUUGUAUAAUGAGUUGUCAAAUAAUCCUAUUUUUGGUCCUUGGCCAAAUAUUCAGGAACUCUAGAAAAAAAUGUAAGCAAUUGAAAUAUUAGAUAAUAAAGUAAUCUGGUUAGAAAAUCAAAAGAAAAUAUUCGUACAAAGGGGAAAAUAUAUGGUACUUAAAGCAUAUCUAUAAAAUGAAAAUAUUUUUCAUAUCGAUCUCCUUUAUCCUCUUCAAAUUAAGGCUUUUUUGUGGUCAGACAUUUCUCACGGUGUUGCAAAGACACAACUUUGUGUGCUAAAACCAACUCCCUUAAUGGUAUUUUCAACAUGCCUGUGUUCCUGAACCUUGCAGAGAGGAAUGACCAAGGUCUGGACAAAGGCAUUCCUCCUUUUUUUAAAAAGCAGUAUAAACAUCACACCUAUUUAUUCAUUUUCCACACAUACCAUCUCUUUGAAUUUUGAGUUGUCAUACUAUGAUAUGCUUUUCCUUCCACCAAAGAAAGGUUUCACUACAAUGUUGAAAAAUCUCGUGGGGUACUGUUCUAGAAGCAGUAUUUUAAAAGCAGUGGCUUAUCAGGAUUUCUCUGAAAACACAUGCACGUUGAAUAUUUUCUCGUACAGGGUGAAGGAGAUUUAUUAUUGAUCUCUU